AUGGAUGCCCCUCCCACCAUCAAACUUGAGUCCUCGGAUGCGAUGAUCUUUCCGAGGGAAGUCCGAGUCGCCAAGCUCUUCGUAACCAUUGAGAAUAUGUUGGAGUGCUUUGCCGUGGAGGAAGACGAGAAUGCCGUCGUGUCUCUCCACUCGGUGAGCGGGCUCAUCCUAGGCAAGAUUCUGAGCUGGGCCGAUCACCACUAAGACGAUGAAGAUCAGGAAACGGAGGGUGGAGGAGUGGCCGCCAAGCAACUGCAGAUCAAGGGCCCAAUGACACUCAUCCACAAGUUUUUGACCAGUAUGAUUACGGGGAAGACUCCCGAGCAGGUCCGCCACUUCUUCAACAUCCCGGAAGACGUCUCGCCAUCCGUAGACGGGCAGAUCCCUUACUGCUACCGCCUGGAGAUCGUGGCCAAAGAAUUUAUGCAUUUUGGCGAGCAGCAGCCGUGCGCCGAUCCUUGGUCCACGAAGACCACGGAUGACUGUGGCAUGGAGACGGUGGACUAA